GGACCCGUUACUAGCUCGUUUUGUUCGUUUUCCUUUCGUGUUGUAGUGAUAAAGGUAGCCCAUACGUAGAGAGCUGUAUGGUAGCCUGUGGUAGCCUGUGUGUAGCAUAUUCCACUCUUCAUCCCACUGUGUUGCACUUUCUAGCGAACUUUUCGGUUUUAUUUUGCCCCGCCUUUGAGUGUAGCCAUUUUUUAACCACAUUCAGCUUUUAAUAGUGGCAGUGAAGUAAAAUGAGAUUACUGUCACGCGAGUCGUCAGCACGGUGACCAGCUUCAUUCAUCGCGAGGGGUUUUAUUUUGCUGAGGAGUUCUUAUCAUUUGGCUCUUGUAGUGUUAAUGUGACUGGUGAUGUUGAUGCGAGCAAGUAAUGAUUUCCUCCCGAAGGUUAUCUUUCGCAAUUUCUAGAGAAGUUUUUAUUGCACAGUGCACCUGUUCUUUGCAAUUUUUAAUAUCAUCUUCUGCUUACUCACGUUCCAUCACUCUUUACGUUUAUUAAAAAACUCUACAAUAAGGAUGUAGAUUUUUUUUGAACUGGAUAGUAAAUGCACAUGAUUUAAAAAAAAAUGAUUCAAAACACGUAAAACACUGCGAUAAAAAACCAGUUGAUAUUUUUAAAUAAAAAAAAAUCUACACAGCACCAGGCGUCUCCAUCAGUAGUAGCUUACAGCAUCCAAACAUCCCUACAGUCCAUUAGCGGCCCGAAAUCGUUGCAGUGAAAUGUUUAUUUCCAUUCAAAGCACGUGUGUACUGGUACGACUUUUUUAUUCAUUGCUCGAAAUUCAGGCGAACUGUGACGGUGCAAUUUAUUUGCCAUUCUGAUGUGUCAAUGCGUUCAACUAUAAUUAAGCCUGAUUCUUUACAAACAACUGUGUGAAAAUGUUGUGCCCCGGUGUGGAAUGUAUUUACACUAUUUUGACAAGUAAAAGUAAACUUUCACACUUUUUUACGAAAUGCUGCGAGUUGUUGUUAUAAUAAACUACUGGUAUGAAUGAAAAAUAAUGAGAGGGUUUAUUGCGUUAUAGAGUUUGAGGUUUGAAAAUUUCUAAUUUCGGUGCAAAUAUGUUCCAGGACCAAUAUGUUCGUGCUAAUGAGCAUUCUCACGAUAGCUGUAUGACGUGUUGAUUUAAAUUUGUGAUUGAUGGUUGUGGUUGUUUAACCACAUUCCAUUGGUGUUACAUCUGGUUUGUCCGAGCGAUGGUUUCGAUUCAUCGAUCACAGGUGAAUCGGACGUGUGGGUUUGAAAAAAAGAUUGAAUUGAAAUUCGAUUAAUAAUUAUUGCGAAUGUAUUUUUUUCCCACUCAUAUGACUUUACAAAAAUUCUCAUUGGAAAAUUCUGAUCAAUUGAUGCGAACCAUCGAUGUUGCUCAUUACGUUGAGGGGCUAUAUUGUGUUCGCUGCUCGACUUGCCUAGCAACACGACUCCGAUUGACGUUAUCAUACAGAUAUUGCAAUCAAUCGAUAUCGGAAAUCGACACGUCCCGUGGGAAAGCUGGUUACAUUAUUCAACACCCCUCACCCCCCUUCGUCUCAUUCCAUCGACAAAAUAUUGCACAGGAAAAAAAGCACCCAGCACUUUCUCUUUGUCUUACGGUUUAAUGAAUUAUUCACGACGGCAAGUAAGGGUGCGUUCGGGCUGGGGGCAAUGGUUUGGAGAAGCUUAAAGACAAACAACGGCGGCCUAGAAGCUUUCCUGCCCUGCCAACCAUCAUCACCAGCCUUGGUGUGUGGUGAGCUUCUUGGAAAGUUCACUUGGGUGAAGUGUCGAUAUGGACCAUUAUUUCCCCCCCAUACAAGUGCGAGACCUGUUGCGCUCGUUUGUUUGCCGCAGAGGCCUUUUGUUUUUCGAUCGAUUUCCUGCUCCCGUAUUGAAAGGCGUUGCUAUUUUCGCAAAAAUACAUUCAAUCAAAACGAUUGCCGGUGUGACAAGCUGCCGAUCGUGCGUCGUGCAAACAUUCAUGAAAACAUUGAAUUGCCAUUUCUUUGUUGUGUGGCUUCUGAUAUUUUCUGACGACCGACCAGCCAACUUUUUCACCUGUUUCCUCCGGAUAGAAAUGGACGGCAUGGGGGGAAUAUUGAUGAGCGCUCCCGUUCGGGAACGAUUUGGCAAUAAGCUGUUGCUGAGUAGUGGCCACGAAAUAUUAAUACCCACAAACUUGAGUUUAUGUACAAAGCAGGAAAAUAAGAGGGUGGCUCGUAAUGGGUACUAGCAUUUCUGUUGUUCUUUUGACCAACCGUCCACCAUCGUGACGUGGUGAAUGUGUGUGAGUAUCGCCAGUACUUUGCAUCACCGCUACGACCAGUAGAAAGAGGAUACUUCACGGUGGACUUUAUCGAGGCGAGAAAACGGAAAAUCGUUUUUAAUCCUUCUGGCCAUGUUUUAAUUACUACUGCCACGGCCACGGGGUCAGGGCGUAUAAUUAAAAUUGCUUUUUUUCGCUUCCUGUGCAGCACACAUUUUUUUAUUUCAAGUGCUACGUAGGUGUAGAAAACAGUGUUAGAAACAAAAAAUAGUAAUAAAAAGAAUCAAAGCCUUCAAGUAAUCAUUAUCGGUGUUGCAGGAAUAUAAAAUUAAAGGUAUGAAUUAUGCAGGCAUUUCUUUCUGAGAGCAAUUUCUGUUUGGUACAGUAGGAAUAGAAGAUGAAAAAACAGAACAAAAGCCUGAUGGACAGUUCCGUACACAUGAUCGAAAACUUUGUGUUUUGGUGAUUGAACCGAAUACGUUUCACACUGGCUAUGGUUCAAUAUAGUUUCCGAACUAAUCACGCUCACCAUUCACACAAUUUGAUAGGAAAUUAUUUAUCCCCAAGCGCUCGGAUGGGGAAGUCAAAACAUGUCAAACAGUUUGCCGAAUGCAAGCUGUUGUCGACUGCAAAAAAGUUUUGACACUCACAGCGAUGAUGAUCGGACCGUGAAAGUUUGCUGUGACACGCUAACGGGCGAAGCUGGAAGCGGGCGCCUGGUGGUUUGUAGAUGCAGCACGAAGAAUUGACAUCGUGCGAAAAAGUUUGCGAUAUGCGGGAUUCGAAGCAAGCUGUUGACUGCGUGCUAAAGAAUGGGUUUCGAUUAGUGUUGGAGGUGCUAGUGCUGCUGGAGCUUUUGCUAACAAUUAACGUUCGCCAAACGGCGUGCACGCGUAGAACACAACGAAAGCUGGGAUGGGGCUUGCGGAAGAUCUGCUUAGGAUUGAUAAAUAUCACCGUACCAAGGCGCACCGCACGCAGCUGGAUCGAGGCAAAUUUUCAAAAACGGGAGUGCAUCAAAUUCAUACCAAGCCCUAGAAAUGAAGACAUAUGCUGCUGUGGUCAGGAACGGCGCACCCACCAGUUUGCGGCGGGCUACGAAACGGGCGUACCGGGUGACACUUGGCAGGCGUCGAAAAAUACCAGAGCCCAGCCAACCGAUGCGUACGGCACGAUCGAGUUUCAGGGUGGUGCACACCCGACGAAGGCACAGUACGUGCGCUUAUCGUACGACACCCGGCCAGAGCUGCUGGUGCAGCUGUUUACACGCGAAUGGAAUCUCGAGCUGCCGAAGCUACUCAUCACGGUGCAGGGCGGAAAGGCAAACUUUGAGCUGCAGCCAAAGUUGAAAAAGGUGCUUCGGAAAGGUUUACUGAAGGCGGCGAAAACUACCGGAGCAUGGAUAUUUACCGGCGGUACCAAUACGGGUGUAACGAAACAGGUCGGCGAUGCGCUAUUGCUCGAAGGCCAGCAACGGUCCGGACGGGUGGUAAGCAUCGGUAUAGCGCCCUGGGGCAUCGUCGAGCGUAACCACGAACUGCUCGGACACAACCGGGACGUACCCUGCCACAGUAUCAGCUCGCCCAGAUCGAAACUAGCCGUCCUGAACAACCGGCACGCUUACUUCCUGCUGGUCGACAACGGUACCCAGGGACGGUACGGGGCGGAACUAAUCCUGCGGAGAAAGCUGGAGAAAUACAUAUCGAACCAGAAGCUGCAACCCUACAAGAUGCUGUCAUCUUUAAUGAACUUUCACUACAAAGUUACCCACUCGAGCACCCCCGUAGUAUGCUUGGUAAUUGAAGGUGGUACAAACACAAUCAGAGCUGUGCUAGAAUACGUCACCGAUAACCCACCGGUUCCGGUAGUAGUGUGUGAUGGGUCAGGCCGGGCAGCAGACUUAAUAGCGUUUGUACAUAAGUAUGCAACGGAUAAUGGAGAGCAGACGGUGCUGGAAUCGAUGCACGACUACGUGCUCGGCAUCAUACAGAAAACGUUCGAGGUCAGCUCGGAGCAGGCGGAACAACUGUUCCAGGAGUUGCUGCAAUGCACUAAAAAUAAAAAUCUCAUCACGGUGUUCCGCAUACAGGACCGACCGGAGGGCAAUACUCAGGAAUUGGACCAAACGAUUUUAACUGCACUUUUUAAAUCACAGCACCUUAGUCCACCGGAGCAGCUCAGCCUGGCGCUUACCUGGAACCGGGUCGACAUCGCCCGGUCGGAGAUCUUUGUGUACGGACAGGAAUGGCCCCACGGUGCACUGGACGAGGCGAUGAUGCAAGCGCUCGAGCAUGACCGUAUCGAUUUCGUGAAGCUGCUGCUCGAGAACGGUGUUUCGAUGCGCAAGUUCCUCACGAUACCACGGUUGGAGGAGCUGUACAAUACGAAGCACGGUCCGGCCAACACGCUCGGGUACAUCCUGCGUGACGUACGGCCCCAUAUACCGAAGGGCUACGUGUACACGCUGCACGACAUUGGGCUGGUCAUUAAUAAGCUGAUGGGUGGCGCAUACCGGUCAUACUACACACGCCGCAAAUUUCGACCAAUCUACGCGAAGGUGAUGAACAGCUACGUCAACACGCACCGUAAACCGUCCACCUUUCAGCGAUCGGCCGGGGUCAACUCGAUGAGCCUGCUCACCGGGCUGCUGCCGGUAACGUCCGAUAUGGCACUGUUUGAGUUGCCGUUCAACGAGCUGCUGAUCUGGGCGGUACUGACCAAACGGCAGCAGAUGGCACUGCUGAUGUGGACACACGGUGAGGAAGCGUUGGCAAAGUCGCUGGUCGCUUGCAAGCUGUACAAGGCGAUGGCACACGAGGCGGCCGACGAUGAUCUCGACACGGAGAUCUACGAGGAGUUGCGUAGCUAUGCAAAGGAAUUCGAGAGCAAAGGACUGAAGCUGCUGGAUUUCUGCUACCGGCAGGAUGCGGAACGAGCACAGCGGCUGCUGACGUGCGAGCUACAGUCCUGGUCAAGCCAGAGCUGUCUGUCGCUGGCGGUGGCAGCGAAUCAUCGCGCAAUACUGGCCCAUCCCUGCAGUCAGAUAAUACUGGCCGACCUGUGGAUGGGUGGGUUGCGCACGAGAAAAAACACCAAUCUUAAGGUUAUUUGUGGACUGCUUUGUCCGUUUUUUAUAAGAAAGCUAGACUUCAAAUCGAAGGAAGAACUGCAGCAGAUGCCACAAACCGAGGAGGAGCAUCUGGAAAAUCAAUAUCUCGACUACGAGGAUCGCGAUAAGAAGGACCCGGAUGCGAAGAAAGCUCUUGCAAACUCCACGCAAAGCCCGAAAUCCGCGGGCGAAAGUGCAGCGCCAACACCGCAGGCGCUUCUGUCCGAUACGUACUCAAUGAAAGAUACCAAAGUGCAGGAAAAUGGAAAAGUAGGUCUGACCGGAUGCUUGAGCUCAAAAGUUUCGCUCACGGAUUCGGAAAACAAGGACAACCUGUUCGACAGCGACGGACGCCAGCAGCGACCACUGAAGUUGAAGAAAAAAUUCUACGAGUUCUACACAGCUCCCAUUACCAAGUUUUGGGCCGAUUCGAUGGCGUACAUGUUUUUUCUCGUCCUGUUUACGUACACGGUGCUGGUGCGGAUGGAGGAAACGCCGAGCUGGCAGGAGUGCUACGCCAUUUCCUACAUCACCACGCUGGGCUGUGAGAAGAUACGCGAGAUCGUAUCAUCGGAACCGGUGGCAAUAUCGCACAAGUUUUCCGUGUGGGCCUGGAACAUGUGGAACCCGUGCGAUGCAGCCGCAAUCAUAUUUUUCCACAUCGGGCUCGCACUGCGGUUACGGCCGUACACGAUGGACAUCGGUCGGGUGAUAUAUUGCGUGGAUAGCAUCUACUGGUAUUUGCGGAUAUUGAACAUUCUAGGUGUAAACAAAUAUUUGGGACCACUGGUGACGAUGAUGGGCAAGAUGGUGAAGAACAUGAUUUACUUCGUGGUGCUGUUGCUGGUGGUGUUGAUGAGCUUCGGCGUGAGCCGCCAGGCAAUCCUAUUUCCGAACAACGAUGCCAGCUGGCGAUUGGUCCGGGACGUGUACUAUCAGCCGUACUUCAUGCUGUACGGAGAAGUGUUUGCCGACGAUAUUGAUCCGCCGUGCGGUGAGGACCCAUCGCAACCACCAUGCGUAACGGGCCACUGGGUGACACCGAUCGCCAUGUCGAUGUAUCUGUUGAUAGCGAACAUUCUGCUAAUCAAUCUGCUGAUUGCCGUGUUCAACAACAUCUUCAUCGAGGUGAACGCCGUCUCGCACCAGGUCUGGAUGUUCCAACGCUUCACGGUCGUGAUGGAGUACCAGCAGAAACCGGUCCUGCCACCACCGCUGAUUGCGCUCUGCCAUUGCUAUUCGCUGCUACGGUACGCGAUACGCAAAGCGAAAGGGUUGCAGGAAUCACGGGACAAUGGGUUGAAGCUGUUUCUCGAAAAGGAAGAUAUGGAACGGUUGUACGAUUUUGAGGAAGAGUGCGUUGAGGGUUACUUCCGCGAGCAGGAAAUACUGCUGCAGCAGUCGACGGAGGAGCGGAUAAAAAAUACGGACGAACGUGUGGACCAUAUGGCGCAGAAGAUAGAGGACAUCAAUCAGAAGGAAAACAUCCAGAGUGCGGCCGUGCAGAACAUUGAGUUUCGUUUGCGUAAGGUGGAAGAGUCGGCCGAGCAGAUACUGAACCAUCUGGACGUGAUACACCGGUUCAUGUCGGCCCACACGCUCAUGAACGAUACGCAGGGCUCGACGGGCAACGUGAGUGGCAAUGCGACAGCGCCGGGUGGCAUGGUGGCGGGCAUGAUAAUGGAUCACCGGACGAGGACAAUCUCGGAGAGUGAUAGCUACAUCUUGCCACCGCCGACGACGCAGAGGAAAAAGUUUAACCGAUCGCUGACGGAGGUGCGGCCCGAUGCGUACAUCUUCGACGAUGGAAAGCAUCUGGAGGUGCGGACGGUGCUGGAGGAGAGUGAGGCCGAACGGUCCCCGGAUCAGAUGUCUCAACAACACGAACGGGAUCGCAAAUUUUCGAUCCGCUCGGAAGACUCGGAAAUGUUCCCGGUCGGUAGCGUCCCGAAGGCCCUCUCACCGGUAGACAUGCCAACGAUCAAACCUUCGCCACCGCCUCCAUUUCUGAACAUCCGACAGGAUACGGCUAGCACCGAAAGCAAGGACACACUAACGCCGUUGGAAGGUGCGGACGAUAGAACGUUGGUUGGGGAUGAAACGAUAGACGACCUGAUGGAACCGAACUAUGAAGGAUUGCGGCAGCGGGCCGGACGGCGACGAAACUCGUCUAUGUGUGGACCGAGCGCCAGUAUGCCUGCAAAUGGUGCCGGUGGAGUACAGGUGUCUGUUGGGCAGGCCGCCCAAGCGGGCAGCGGAAGUGUAGGCAUCGGUGGUCGGCGUAACUCGGAAAGUGCAUCCGGAGGUGGAUUCGAUAUAAACAAAUCUCAGACCAGCCUGUAUCAGAUGGGCUUCUCCAAGCGGCAGCACAGCAUCACGCAAUCGGAGCCGGAUAGUGGCAAUGAUCAACCCGUUCAACGGACCGUUCCAAAGGGACGCCAUCUCCUCCUCCAGAUACACACGGAGUACACCUCCAUCACGGAUGAGCUGGAGAGCGUGUGUCACAUGAUAGCAUCACCAACUAGUUCGCUACGGGAAGAUCGCACGAAGAACGUAAACGAACUGACAAAUCCCGAAUUUGCCGCCAUGAUGGAGAAGCAGCACCUCAAGGAGUGCGAAGACAGUGAUUACAUGAUGAUGGAAAAAUUGUUCCAAACGCGCUGUUCGCUCGAGGACAGUGACGAGUACUUUGACGACACCGAACCGGAAGAGCACGGACCCCGCAAAAUGUUACGUCGCGAGACAGCCAUCGAACUGCCGGUGACACCAUCGAAAUCAAACAUCGUUUCCCUAGCGGACAGUAGCCUAGGCCACGAGGAUUUUACCAUGAAGCACGAACGUCAACCGGCUUCGAACCGUAACUCGUUGCGUGAUUCAAAGAACUCGCCACUAUCCCUAUCGAGCCAGAACUCACCACGCAACUCACAGUACAUGCAAUCCUCCUUUCUGAAUCCCACCGUGUGCGAUGGUGCCGGCCGGCUGUACAAGAAGUCGUGCGAAAGUCUGCAGAAAAAUUCCAGCACCGACACGGAGUAUUCGCUGCAGCCGUACCGGUUCAUCAAGCAAAGUUCGAACGAAACGAACAGUUCGUUCAACAUCGACAACUCGUCGAUCACGAACGAUAUGUCGAUCGAUGGCGAAACGAGCCUCAACUCGACCGUCAUCGAAAUGGUUUCAGCACCGUCGAUAGCGGCGGCGGCGGCGGCGGCAGUCGCUUCGGCCCCCGCCCUGCCCGACGGCGAACGUGGCGGUUUCCCAACCAAACGCACCUCAUCGCUCGGUAGCAGCUCGGCCGCGGUAGAAAUGCGACAGGGAUUGUUGAAGGGUAGCAAAGACAGGGGAAGCAAGGACGGUAGCGGUAGCGGUGGUUCCAUUCCGGAAGGGUUAGAACGGGCCGUACCGGGCACCAGUUCAGUAGCACAGGUUCCGUCCGGUACGAUGGUACCGAAUAAACCACCCCGUUCGGCUCGGUUCACCGACAGUUUGACCGUGCUCGGACCCAAGAGUAUACUGAGCCGGUUGAAGGAAAGUAGCUCGACCAGCACGGAGGAAGGACCGCAGCGGGACACGAGUGCACCGAUACCGUGCAUCAGCACAAACCUGGUGCAGGACGAAAUAGCGAAACUAUCCUCGAACAUUAAGAGCAGCACGGAUGAGGAUACCGAACCGCCGUUCAAUGAAACAAUGUGCUGAUUUUAGUUGUGCCCUCCGACCGAGGUGUAAUGUUAGCAUAGGUGGGGAGAGUUGUUGAAGGGUGGAUGAUACGAUUCGAAUACGCUUGAUACCACUGGUGAUGGGGUGACUGUUAGGGAGGAGAUGUACUUAUCGUUGUACACAGGUACUUAAUCAUACAAGAGCGUCUAACAUAUAUCUAUCUGUCAUGCAAAGUUGAUGUUCCCCCGGUUAAGAAUCGUGAAAGUGGUUUAAAGUUUGUGAAGAGCUUGUCGGUAGGAUCGAACCCGUGUUUCAUCAUCGCAACGUUUCCAGCAGGUUACAUACCCGAAAUCCCACUAGCAACACGCAGAUGCAUAUCAAUCAUUUGAGCCGACUUUCUAACCGAUACAAUUCCCACUGAACCGUGCGCCCGAGCAGUUUCACAUUAGCCGUGAUCGUUAGACAGUGAAUAAGAAACGAAGAACCUAUUUUCUUAAGAACGGCCUGGCCGUAUAUCCUACCAGAAGCACCCUAAUGGGCGAAGAUCUUUCUCUACUGUUACACAACGGAAACCUAAGCCUAGUGUAUAGUUUGAUGCACCUUUUAAACCUCAACCUUCCCCACGAAGCUCACAACCGUAUCGAACACAGUGCGAUUAAAGUGUGAACAUACAAUAAGCCAACGUUAGCACGGAAAAGAAAGGUGCGUAAGACAAGUUGUUCUGAUUGGUGCAUAAAUCUUAAAUGGAGGGCGUGAAACACGCCCUCACGGAACUGCCACAAGCCAUCAUGCUUAGAGACGGGAUGGUUACAUGUUGUACUUUAAGUUUAACAAACUAUUUUUAUUGGUGCUCCAGUUGCAGCUGCAGGCGAGCGUGAACCUAUCCCAGUACAGCUUUAAUGAGUUUUGUUACAAUCAUUUUAAAAUAGGUAGCUUAAACGCAAGCUUUAAGUUAGUGUUACGCAUCUUAUGUUGUAAGGUGUAUGAAAUAGUUUAGUUAUAGCAGUAUGGUACCGGCAAAUUAACGCUUUAUUAAAGGUCGGCAGAUGUACAUGCUCACAGCUUACGAACCCAACUCACUCGAUGAUGCUCGAUGAUGGAAUGGUGAGCAGCUCACACAGCAGCGGCUCGUACGAGCUUCACUGAGCACUGAAACCUACAUGGAUCCUGUGACGAUAGGAACACGAUGAAUGUAGUAGUAAUUCACGAUCCCUCACAUGUGUUGUACUAAAAUAUGACAAUAUUAUUGAAUUGAAUCAGUAUAACAGACGUGGAGCAGAGCAGUGCAGCGCGUGGUACGAGAUAGUUGUGUGUUGAAACAAUAAUAAUGCCGUAAAAUAGUGUUUGAAUAAAUGAGCUGCAUCCUGGGUGGAAUGUGAGCCGAUCGGAGCGUGUUAGGGUUUGUUGAAAAUGCAUUAAAAUAUGACUAUUAUGGAAGAAAAAAAUCAAUCAAGCCGAAAGCCGUAAACACAAUAAAUGGGUUGUACUGAACAGGA